AGUUAAUUCACUGUUUAUCCUUGAGCUUGAAGGCCCUGCCUCGCACCUCUGCUAGUUUCCUGCUUUCGCGCCUUUCCAAGCUCGUCUGGAUUCUCGCGCAUGAUAAGCAGCAUAGACCGACUAUCUUUCAUUACUUGCACGUACUUCUUUGCGUCUGCAUGAAGCUUACCAAGAACAGUGCGCAGUAGGUGCUCGCGUGCGUGCAGCAGUUACGCGGCCUCGAGCCGGAGCGAGUGAUUUGUUCCGAGGCGUAGAUUAAGCCCAGAAAAAUUGAUUCGCAACCCAAACAACAAUUGUUGGAGCCAUCGGAGACUGAGGACGCAACAUCGGGCAAGAUGGGCGCAGAGCCAAAGGCUGUUGGGCCGUCUUCAGUUAUGAAACUGUUCUACAUCUUUCUAAAUGUCUUCAGUGCUGUGUCAAUCGUGUUCGCGAACAAGCUGGUGCUCACGACCUAUCGCUGGGCUGGCAUGCUGGUGCUGUCGCGCAGCGGCUUCUUCACAGCCAAGUCGCUGGCGGCGGGCGCGGUGGCGCCGCUGGCGCUGGGCUACGUGGGCUACAUCAUCCUAAAUAACCUCAGCCUGCAGCUCAACACCGUAGGCUUCUACCAGAUCCUCAAGAUCGCCAUCGCGCCCACGGUCAUGCUGCUGGACUUCGUGCUGUUCCGGAAGAUGCAGACGUGGCGCAUCAUGGCGUCGGUGGCGGUUGUGUGCGUUGGCGUAACCGCCGCGACGGUCACAGACCACGUGGCGAUCAGCAACGUCGUCGGCCUGGGCGUUGGGCUGGCGUCGGUGGUGGUGACGGCGCUGUACCAGAUCUGGGCCGGAUCCAAACAGAAGGAGCUGCAGGCGAACAGCUCGCAGCUGCUGCUGGCAUACACGCCGCAGGCCAUCGUGCUGCUGUCGGUCAUGGUGCCCAUGCUGGACGACCUCGGGAUGACGCCCCCCGCCGCCGGCGCCGCGCGGGGCACCCACACCGUGCUGGGCUACCCGUACAACCUGGCCAGCGUGUCAGCGAUCGUGAUUUCCGCGCUGCUGGGCAUCCUGGUGUCGCUCUCCACUUUUCUGGUCAUCGGCGCCACAAGCAGCCUCACCUACAACAUCGUGGGACACUUCAAAACGAUCCUGAUCCUGGCGGGCGGCUGCCUGCUGUUUGGCGAACACAUCCUGAUCCUGGCGGGCGGCUGCCUGCUGUUCGGCGAGUCUAUGCCCUGGAAGCGCCUGGCCGGCAUCGCGCUCACCAUGUGCGGCAUAGCCUGGUACACCUACCUAAGCAUCGUGCAGGUCCCGCCCUCCGGCGGCGGCGCGCACCGGGAACCCGAGAUUCUGCGCGACCGCAGCGGCCACCGCGGCGGCGGCGGAGAGAGGGAGCCGCUGCUGACGGGCAGCAGCGGCGGCAGCGGCGAUGGGGCGGUUGGCAUUCUUGGGGGGACAGGCGGCGUGGGCUUGGGGCUUGGGGGCAGCCGCGUGUGAGUAGAUUGGGCAGGCAGCGUGUGAGAGAAUGCGUGUGAGGCAGCGUGUCCUAGUGUGUGGGGGUCGUGUUUGUGUGUGUGUGUGUGUGUGUGUGCCGUGCCGGCAGCACGGAUGGGUGUAUGGACGGAUGGGUGUGCACAGGGAGGAGCGGAUUAGGAGGACCCCACAAGCGUUGGAUAAGAGAGCAGGGCUAGCAGGGCUUGCGGGCACUGUGCGUGAUGUGUGCGAGGAAGGGGCGUUGCAACAACAGCGUGUGCGUAGCGGGUGUGUUGUCGAGAUGGUGGUGCGAGAGGCAGGUUUGGCAUGUGCGUUGCUUGCAUACCGUACAUACGGUACAUGGCUCGUGGCCUCGUGGGGGGGUGUGAAAACCAAGCGAUGGGACAGGGGCAGGCCGGCAGGGGCAGGUUGGCGUACCGUAGUCCCGUAGUGACGUAGUGUGCAGCGGACAACCAGACCCCAACAUUCAAAUUGCAACGCCAAGGCUAGAUUGCGCGUUUUGGUGCUGGCCAGUGCCUGCCUGUUGUGGUGCGCGUCGCCACGCGCUCGCUGGCCGUUGGGCUUUCCUGUCGUGUCAGCAGGUGAACCCCUGCGUGUAUUUGCCCUCGGCCACCCCUGCCCUCGGCUGUUCGUGUCGAUUCCGUCCCU